CGAACACCCUUUCUUUCUCUCUCUCUAAAAAACCUCCCAUAAAUCUAGAGAGAGAAAAUGAGGAGAAGAAGGCUGUCACCAACUUCAUCGUCUUCGUGUUCAUCUUCAUCUUCAUGCAUUAAUGAACGCCAAGUUCCAAAGCCCAAACGAUCCUCUAGAACCCACAACAAGAACAGCACUCUCAAUUCAAAUCAAAAUGCCGCUGCUGAAAACACCCGCAGAAGCUCCAUUUACAGAGGUGUCACCAGGCAUAGAUGGACAGGAAGAUUUGAAGCACAUCUAUGGGACAAAGGAACAUGGAACAGCAUCCAGAACAAGAAAGGGAAACAAAUUUAUUUAGGGGCAUAUGAUAGCGAAGAGGCAGCUGCUCGAACCUACGAUCUUGCGGCCCUUAAAUACUGGGGUCAAGAUACAACACUUAAUUUCCAGAUAGAUACAUACAAAAAGGAGAUUGAAGAAAUGGAGAAAUUGUCCAAGGAAGAAUAUUUAGCUUCACUAAGGCGAAGAAGCAGUGGAUUUUCAAGAGGUGUUUCAAAAUAUCGAGGAGUGGCAAGGCACCAUCAUAAUGGAAGAUGGGAGGCACGGAUUGGACGAGUUCUUGGAAACAAAUAUCUAUACUUGGGAACUUACAGUACUCAAGAGGAAGCGGCUGCAGCAUACGACUUAGCAGCCAUUGAGUAUCGAGGCGCUAAAGCAGUGACCAAUUUCGAUAUUAGUAUAUAUGCGGAUCGCUUAAAAAAUGGCGCAUCACAAACCCAAGCUACUCCUGAAUCCACAGAAGUCAUAACCUCGUUGAAAAACGAGCAUAACGAAGAGCCUCAUCAUGACCUAAACUGUAAGCAGCAACAACAACAACAACAACAACAACAACAACAAGAUCAUGAAGCAACAAUAGUGGAAAAAGAAGAGUCUUUACAUGAGAUGCAUGACCUUGACUUCCCACCUUCGGUUGAGGAAGAUCAUCCAUGGAGCUUGUGCAUGGACUCAAGUUACAAUCUCCUUCCGGUUCCACACAUUCCUUUUGAUAAAUCAGGCGACCUUCUUGACUUGUUUCAUGGUACUAGUUUUGAGGAUGAUAUUGAUAUAAUUUUUGAUGGGCCAUUCUCGAUUGGAAACGAGUUGGAGAAAGUGCAUGUAUGUAUCACUUCGCCUUCAUCUUCAUCAUCAUUAUCAUCAUUAUCAUCGUCGUCUACAACAACCUCCCUUUCUUAUCCAAGUUCCCAUUGCUGAAGAGAAGGUUGAGUCCUUUGAUUUGGUAUUGUUUUGUGUUUUUGUUUUUGUUUUUGAAUUUUAUGCUGUUGUUUCUAGUGGAUUAUAGAGAUCAUUAAAUAGUUUGAGCUUUCUUUUGUUC